GUCUGCGAGAGCAAUUAAGAAGAAAGACAAGUGUUUUCUAGCUUCCGGUUUGUCCACUAGCAGGCCAAAGUGGUUGUAUUUUUUGGCCCAUGCAGACAGACCCUGACCAUCCAUUAACAUCAGGCACAAAGUGCAGGUUUACAGACGUUUGCAUCGUACCGCAGUCCUCCGGCUAACAGAACGGCAGUGUUUCCAGGCUGAGGGAUUAACGCAGAGAUGGGAGACAAGAAAGCGGUUUUGUUCAACUUCUGGGGGGUGGUUGUUCCCUCAAGAGCAGCUGUAGUUUUCCAGAAACUGGAGGAGCAACACAAACUUCCACGAGGGUUUCUGUCCCGUGUGGCGUCCCAAAAUAAGGGCUCUCUGCUGCAGGCAGAAAAAGGCAAACUGACUCUUAAUCAGAUGAUCCCGGCGUUCAAAGCUGAGUGUGCGAAGGAGGCCAAGGCCAGAGGAGUGACGCUGCCGUCUGAUUGGUGCGUCAACUGUCUGCUGGAGGAGGCCAGAAAGUCGAUGAUGGAAGUGAAGGACGUUGUGCUGAAGACGUCUGCAAGUCUGCGUUGCAGUGGUAGAGCUGUUGGAGCAGAGAGUCCUCCAGUAACCUGCAGCCCCGAUCAAGUGUCUCAUGGAUACAUCACCAUCAGACCUGGUGUUCGGACCCACUACGUGGAGAUGGGCUCGGGUCCACCGGUCCUGCUGUGCCACGGUUUCCCUGAGAGCUGGUACUCCUGGAGGUACCAGAUCCCAGCUUUGGCUGCAGCAGGGUUCAGGGUCCUGGCUCUGGACAUGAAGGGAUACGGAGAGUCAACAGCACCCCCUGACAUAGAGGAAUAUUCUCAGGAGCAGCUUUGCAAGGAUUUAAUUACUUUUAUGGACAAAAUGUCCAUACCACAGGUCACCCUGGUGGGUCACGACUGGGGCGGUGCUUUGGUUUGGACUAUGGCCCGGUAUUAUCCAGAGAGAAUCAGGGCAGUAGCGUCUCUGAACACUCCCCUGUUCCCCCCGGAUCCCUCGGCUCCUGUUACAGAGAAAUUAAAGGCCCUUCCAAUAUUUGACUACCAGAUUUACUUCCAAAAACCAGGAGUCGCCGAGGCCGAGUUGGAGAAGGACUUGGAGAGAACAUUCAAGAUUUUCUUUUCCAGCAGCAGUGAAGCGGCGAGCCGUCCCGCUCUGAGCACCGCUGGAGUCUGUGCUCGAGGCGGGCUGUUUGUGGGUCUGCCGGAGCAGAUUCCUCGGAGCGCCAUGCUGACAGAGGCCGACCUGCAGUACUACGUCAGCCAGUUCAGGGAGAGCGGCUUCAGGGGACCUUUGAACUGGUACCGAAACAACCAGGCCAACUGGAAGUGGAUGUGUUCGCAGCCUACUGGGAAGGUUCUGGUGCCGGCUCUGAUGGUGACGGCGGGUAAGGACCCGGUUCUGCUGCCGGCGCUCUCACAAGGGAUGGAGGACCUGAUCCCCAACCUGAGCAGGGGACACAUCGAGGACUGCGGACACUGGACUCAGAUGGACAAACCGGCAGAGACCAACAACAUCCUGAUAUCGUGGCUGAAAGAGACGCACGGGAAGGCGGGGGGGGUCCAGGUGGCCCCCAAACUGUGACGGAGGAGGAGCUCAGGAACAGAGCAGGGAGACGACAUGAAGUGAAUUAAUGAUGUUUGUAAAAUUACUAAAAUAAAAACCAAUCAAAGCCUUUGAUUCAC